UUAAGAUAAAGUUGUUCCUGUUCAGUCUGUUCAUAAAUAUCAUCGGUUAUUCUUGAUAUUAAGCUGUUUCCGCGAGUCCUUAAAAUGGACUCUUCCAUGAAAACCUAGUUUAGAUAUUUACAUUAGGUUUUUGCCUAUUUGUGACAGCAAAACACAAUGCAUUGAUAAACUAGACACUGCCCUUAAAAGUUUGGUCUAAAAUUACAUUCAUAUAUACAUGCAUACAUAUAUUAAAAAAAAGAAAAAAUAAUCCCUUUGGGCUUUUGUGUAAACCAACAAGCCAUUAUUGUGUAACUGACAGUGCCAGCUUUAAUAAUGGCGAUACUAAACAAAAUAUAUGACAGCCCCACCACAAAAGACUGUCACAAAUGGUGCAAUCAAAUGUUUAAAAUCAAAUCAAAAUUCAGACCGGUUUUUAAAUCGGUGUUGUGAUUAGAUCUCAGGCAAUAAGAUGACUGCAGCAAACCUGGCAGUGAUCUUUGGGCCCAAUCUCCUUCAGAAAGAGAGAGGAUCAGAGAGAGAGCUCAGCCCUCAAGCUCUGGGCAUAGAAGACAGCACUGCUGUCAUCUCCGUCACCCUGAUGCUCAUCCAGAACCACCAACAUCUCUUCACGGUGUCUGCUGAGCUGCAGCAGGAGGUGCUCAUGAGCCUCAUUCAGACGGACCCUGAUGUCAUUGACUAUCUGCUGCGCAGGAAACUCAGGUCGGCUGUCUGACUGAUAAUACUCAUCUAAUACAAGAAUCAUAUAUAACG